UUACGGAAAAGAAAACCUACCAUGGCAGGAUCUGAGUCGUCAAGUAAAUUGCGUACUAUCAUGGCCUUUAUUGCUCUUUUAUUUGCCCUAUUAUCUACUGGACAUUGCAGCAGUCAGGUACCACUUGUAAUGUGGUCCAGUGAAGGGUACACCUUGCCACCCAUGGCAUCUCCAGCUGCUGGUCACAUAAUAUCUAAUGACCAACUGAUGUCCUACCUAAAUUCUGCUCUGGGGUCUGCCCCACACAACGUGCUUCUCUUCCUACAGGACAAGCUGAGCAAAGAUGACUUCACAAGGUAUGGGGGUGUUUUUGGAAACAAUCAUGAGAGUGCCUUUCCCAACCUGGAGUCUGCAUUACAGUCUUCCUCUUCGUUGGUGCUGCCUGCCCUGUCAUGGCUUGGUGCUAGUGCCGUCCCAGGUCUGCUACAGGAGAAGCUGGGUGUUUCCCCACUCAGCGUAGACCCAGACACACUGGCGCAUCUCCGACUCAAUGCAUCAGACAACACUCUGCUGCUUAUCAUCCUGCCCUAUUCUACUAGUGCUUACCUGUCCUGUAAGGAAGUCCUGCGUAGCAAUGAUGAGGUCAUUGGUAAAGUUCUGAGCAUCAUGAAAGCCCAGGGUGUUCCCUACACUGCUAUUUACACUGGACUCAAGCCCUCACGAGUGAUUGAGGAGCCAUCCAUGGUUGGCCAGUCUUCUAUGAGCCGGUCCUUGCUGCAGGCGGUUAUCGAUGAGGUCAAACCGCCUUUGAUGUUUAACACUACUAGUGGCCCUUGCAUCAUGCUCUGGGCCCAGAAUCUCAACGUCAGCUUUAAUAACCUGGAAUGGAUUGACCUCGGUCCAUUGACCUUUGCUCCAGGUGGCUCUGUGAGCACGGCUGGGUCCUUCUGUAAUGAAACAAAUUCACAGCUUGUCCUUGAUUAUGGAAGUUCUGUUCCAACGUACAACCCCUUCCGUCUCAUCUUCUCCAUGAGCCAGCGGCGCUACCCUGUGUCUGCACGAAACUGGUUCACCCUGGACACAGUGCAACUGCUAUUCAAUGCCGAUACAGCCAUUUACAAUGGCAGCCGGGGCAUCUACGCCCCCGCAGAGUACUCCUUCCACUGCCAGAAUGUCAACAACUUCCGUAAUGCACUGCUUGUGCCCCGCACUCAGAAUGCUACCCAGUGGAGGAUUCUCUUCACCGACUUCCAGAUCCAAGGCUUCAGUAUACUGAACAAGACAACAGAUUUCUCCUAUGCCAGUGACUGUGCUGGCUUCUUCACACCAGGGAUCUGGAUGGGCCUGAUCACCUCUCUGCUGAUGCUGCUAAUCCUCACCUACGGCAUGCACAUGAUCAUGCAGCUACGCUCCAUGGACCGCUUUGACGACCCUAAAGGCCCCUCAAUCUCAGUGCCUCAGUCGGAGUAAUGAAGACAAGAGAACGCCCCUGAGCCUGGUCCCAGAUCUGUUUGUGCUGUCUUGCCUACCCCUAUGGUCAUUGUCGUGUGACAUUGACCAUGUGACAAUGUAAGUUGGCAAGACGACACAAACAGAUCUGGAACCAGGCUAACCCCUCCACUCCCCUAACUUAUGUUCCCUCCUUUUGAUUUGCUCAUGACUUAUUCGAUAUAUUCUAUUGUCAUUCGCUUACUUGCUUUAGCCACCUCCACCCUGUUCUCUGAUUGUCAGCAUUGAGCAUUCCCAUCCUCUUAGCCUUUGUCAAAUCACAUUUUAUUCGUCACAUGGUUCGUAAACAACAGGUAUAGACUAACAGUGAAAUGCUUUCUUAUGGGCCCUUCCCAACAAUGCAGAGAAAUAAUAACUGAAUAAAUACACA